UCUUCUUCUUCUACAUCUACUGGUAUUAAUUUACCAGUCCUUACUGUAUAUGUUUUUGGUCUUGUUGUUGAUGGGCCUGUAGUUGCUUCAGCUGAUAUAUUUGCUGUUGUUGCUGCUGGUAUUCUUGCGGUUGUUAUUGCUGGUAUGCUUGUAGUUGUUGCUGCUGGUAUGCUUGUGGUUGUUGCUGCUGGUAUGCUUACGGUUGUUACUGCUAGUAUGCUUGCGGUUGUUACUGCUG